AUGUCGUCAAAGCAGCUACAAAACUCCGAGAGCAAGUCGGCCGUUUUCUACAUCUGGGCCGGCCGGGCUCCUUCUCGGAUUUAUCGCAGGCGGGCAGCCGCUGACCCCUCCCUUUGCUAUUGGAGGUGGCUGCCCCGCCCCAGAGGCGCUCCUGCCACCCGCCCCUCCGAGGGGGGUGCCUCCAGCCACUUGUCCACAGCCUCGGGAGUCCCCACAGCAGAGGCAGCCGUGGGAGGAACAUGGAAACGGAGCAAGGGGAGGGACAGGAGCUCUCAGCCCUGCCUGCAGGAGCGCCCAGAGACACGCAUCACAGAACUGGGUCAGGGUGCUAGGGAUCCAGGACAGGAGGGCCUCGCAGAUGCCCAGAAGGUUCGGAGGAAGCAGCUGCAGUUUCCGGAAUGUGCCAGGCUCCCUGAUGCUUCUGAGCGUCUGCAAGUGUGGCCCUCCUGCCUGAAACACCCCCACCCUCCUGCUGGUCUGGCCACCUCCCAGUCAGCCUUGUCCAGUUACCUUUUCCUGCCUCACUUCCCCACAGAGCGAGCAUGGCUCCUCUCAGCUCUCCCAGCCCCUCACCCUUGGGCCUCUAGUUUGGCAGCUGUCACACGAGCUACAGUCACGACUGGUCUGUCACCCAUUGCAGACGGGGCUCCUGGAAGGGUGAUGCUAUGGCUCCCCCGGCCUCUAGCACGGGGCCCAGCACAGAAUGGGAGCUGAGGAAAUGUUUGCAGCAAGAGAUAAAACUGCUUCACAGUGUGUGUUAUGAGUUGAACUGUUUCCCCCAAAAAGAUAUGUUGAAGUCUUAUGACCUGAAUUGUGUUUCUCCAAAAUCCAUAUGUUGAAGCCCUAACCCCUGUACCUCAGGAUGUGACUGCAUUUGGAGAAAGGGCCUUUAAAGAAGUAGUGUAAUUAAGUUAAAAUGAGGUCAUGUGUGUGGGCUGUAAUCCCAUCUGCCUGGAGUCCUUACGAGAAGGGAAGAUAUGGACAUAGCCAUGCCCGGAGGAAAGGCCAGGUGAAGACACAGGGAGGAGACGUUCCUCUGCAAGCCAAGGAGAGGAGCCUUGGAAGAAACCAGCCCUGCGGACCCCUUGGUCGUGGACUUCCAGCUUCCAGAACUGGGAGAAAUGCAUUUCUAUUGUUUAAGCCCCUGGGUCUGCAGUACUUUGUUAUAGCAAUCCCGCAAACGAAUACAAAGUCCUAACCCCCGGUGCCUCCGAAGGACCCUUAUUUGGAACUAGGGUCAUUGCCGAUGUGAUAAGUUAAGAUGAUGUCAUACUGGAGUAGGGUGGGCCCUGAUCCAAUAUGAAUGUAUCCUUAUAAAAAGGGGAAAUUUUGACACAGACACACACACAGGGAGACCGCCACGUGGACACGAAGGCAGAGAUUGAGCUGAUGCAUCUAGAAGCCCAGGAAUGCCAAAGGUGGCCAGAAAACCACCCAGAGCUGGGGAGGCCUGGAAUAGAGUCUCCGUCAGAGCCCCAGCAGGAACCAUCCCUGCUCACACCUUGAUCAGAGACUUUUGGCCUGCAGAACUGCAAGGCAGUGAAUUUCUAUUGUUUCAAGCCACCUAGUUUGUGGUACUUUGUUAGGGCAGCUCUGGCAAACUAACAGAAUAUGGGAGAUUAAAAUAUCAUCCCACUACAAGUUCAUCCCAACAAGGGGUUCUGCCGGCGGCAGCACAAAGCUACCAUGAAAACACCUAAUUAUGAGAAAUGAGCUCCCAGACCCCCCUGCCCGUCACUCCCUGAUCUUAUCAACUUCUGCCCCGUCCACUCGCACGGACAACUGGUUUACCUGUCUGUGUCGCCCCCAAGCCAGCCACCCCCAGAACCAUGCUCUGCCCAUUGCUGGGCUCAGUAAAUACUCUCACUUGCGGCUAAAUCACCCAUCCAGAAUCAUACUCUGCUCCCUGAAAUCCCAGACCCAGGCUGCACUGAGCCCUCCCACACGGGUACAAGAGCACAUUUAGACCAAAUUUCAGCAGGUCCAGGAAGGCCCUGGAUGCCAAAGUUUGCACCUUCUGGUGCUUCCCGACAUGCCACCCAUGGCUGACUUGCAUUCUCUGCCUUGGCUGGUACCUGUCCAGCUGCACACCUGAUAUGCCCCAGCUCUAAAUAAGGAGAGGAACUAAACCCAGCACUGCCCUGUGGCAAGCUGUGGAGAAGGAAUGGGAGUGGGUGGAGACAUACCUUCCUGCUCCAUGGACGUGUGGUUAGGAAACACCAUUCCCGGCCAGGAGCAGAAGCUGGGCUGGGGUGAGCCGAAGUCUCGGCCAAGACUCCUUGACCUUUAGGGAGUGCCUGAGAUGCUACACAGCCAACAAGCUGCUGGGCCAGGGACAGUUGCAGAACCAGGAUUGGCCUACUUUAGCCCCCUGCCCAGGGCUCGAAUCCCCUCUGCAGUCUCCCUGCUUAGGGGACACCACUGUGUUUGAACACCUCAGCUGAUAUGGGACUGCUGGCAUCUUUCCUGCCUGGACCUGAGAAUGGCUGGCCAAGGCUGAGGCUUGGAGCGGCUCAUUCCCUUCCAAACUUGCCCAUAUCCGUGCAGUGGGCCACAGUUCCUGUCUGGGAGCCCCCCACUCCUGCAGGUCCUCCUCAGCAGCCUUCCCCAUGGCUCUAUGUAAAAUUUCACCCCCACCCCUUUUUCCUGCCAUAUUUCUCUUCUUGUCACUUUCCACCCUCUAAGUCUUCUUUGUGCAUUUAACUGAUAGCUUUUGGUCACCGUCUGUCUCCUCCCGUAGAGAGGCCGCCCUGGGAGGGAGGGUUUAUUUGGGGGCUCGGGGUUGCUACAGCAGGCACCAAGUCAGCAGCUGUGGCCUGACCGAAUAGGAGAGAGGCUGGAGUGUUAAGCGGAGGCGUUUCUGCAGUGGGGCCACAACCACGCAGGGCUGGCUGGAGGGGGCUGGGCGGGGGUCCUGCAGGGAGGUGAUGGGUCCCGGUAGCUGCGCCGGGUCUCCUGCAGAAGAGGUUGCAUUUCAGAUCCGUGAGCUUCCCCUCAUUCCACACACUGGCUUCCUCCACUUCUUUUUCCUCCCCUGGGAAUAAUUGGAAAAAUGAUUCCUAAGCUGUCAGGAGAAAAUAAAGGAACCAUAGCGACCGAUUCGCAGCCUCUCCUAAAUCAGCCAAAUGAGAAAUAGAUUUGGAACCACCUCUGGAGGGGGCGGCUAACAUCUCCAGGAAGGCGACAACCAUAGAUUUGUGUUUCAGCAGGCGGGGAGGGGCAAGGCUGGGGGUAAGCUGCCGAAAGCCCGCCUCAGCCACCCGCUGCGCUUCCAGUCCCUUCCCUGGCUCAGGGCUGGCUAGAAAGACAGAGACGUUUCAUGCUGGCAGGCGUUCCACACCCAUUCCCUCACUUCUCUGGAAAUAGCCCCGGGAAGUAGGCAAUGUUACUGACUCCGUGUCACAGACCAGGAAAUGCAGACCUGCCUUGGCCGCAGAGCUACUUCAUGGGAGGGGGAUGGAGCCAGUUCUCACGCUGACAUUGGCCUGGUCCCCACAACUGUGCCUUUUCUGUUGUGUCCCCAGAAUUUUAACAUUCUCCAGCCAGACACAGGCCAAGACCGACAAUGCUUCACUUGGUGAAGACCAUUUUCUGUUCCUCCAGCAGCCUCCGUGACCUCGGGUGGGCCAUUCGGUCAAGUAAUCCUGAAUUUACCUCCCAGUGACAUUGUGUCUUUGAGUCAUCAUCAGGCUUCUUUCAGGGCAGACCCACGGGACUGUGUAGAAAAGGGCUUGAAGGAGGAGAUUUGUGCCGGAGCCCCUGGUGCUGUCAAAGUCAAAUAAAAUAUACGGACAAAUCUCUAUGUU